UUUAUGUAUAUUGCAAAACAAUAAAUUAGAAAAAAAAUUUGUAGCCUUAUAUGUAUUUGUACUGUGGAGUACAAGAUUUCUGUAUAAAUGUACAAUAAUGUUUAAAUUGUAACUAUUAUAGAUGACAUAUUGUUUAAAUUUGACAGACUUUUAAGUGAUUUGUACUUUAAAAAUGCUAAUCUAACACUAUUGUUAUAAUAUUUCCUAUUACUAUAAGUUUCGAUAGUAAUGUUCAUAUAUUAAAAAAUAUAUGUAUGAACCCAUUAUGUAUAAUGUUGAAAUCCCAUAUUACUUUAUUAAUGUGUUUUUUUCAAAAUAAAAAAUUAUUGUACAAUACAAUAAACAGUCGUGCAUCACACGAGUUUAAUACUAGUUUGCUAUCCAAAUAAAAGAUACUCACUCCGUCCAUUUCCCUUUCCUCCUUUCCCUCCAAUUCCUUCGAUCCGAACACAGUGUUAACCAUAGACUUAAAAAAAAAAAAAAAAAAAAAAAAAAAACUCAGAGGGUUCUCUUAUCUUGUACUUCUGGUAGACAGAACAACAAAAAAUGAAGACGAAGAAGAAGAUAAACCAGCAGAUUCUCUAAACCCCACUUCCUCCAUUACCAAAGAUCCCUUCUUCCCAGUUUUCUUGGGCUUCUAAUUUAUCUUCGUAUAUUCUUUCUUUGUCUUCUCUUGCUUCCUUCAAUGGCGAUUUUCUCUCACUUCACUCUCACCUCUACCUCUCCUUACCUCCAUUUUCUCUCUCCUCCCGCCAUUGUUGAACCUCCCUUCAUUUUCAGCCCCCAAUUUCACCGCCUAAUUAUUCCUCCUUCUGCUCAUUCUAACCCUAAGCUUUUGAAGCCGAAUCGCCGUUCUCCGUUCGGCGAACCGCUUCCUGUGUACGAUUCUGAUGAAGAAGAUGAAGAUGAUGAUGAGGUGGAGGUUCUGGAAGAUUCGAAUUCAUGUUCUGGUGUUGUGAUUGAUAAUGUUGAUGAUGAUGAUGGUGUUCCUUGGUUGAAUGAUGAUGAUGAUGAAUUUGCUGAACCAGCAAACCUGAAUAGGGGUGAACAAAGAUCUAAAUUGCUGGCUGCUACCAAGCUGAGACCAGGAACCCGGAAAAAGACAAGGAAUGUGGGCACACAAGCAGAUGGUAAAGGGAAGUGGGAAGGAAGAAAAGGUCCAAAGAAAAAAUAUUCACAGUUAGCAGAGGAAUUUAGACUCGAUACUAGAUGGAUUCCCCUUCUUGAUUAUCUGAGCACCUUUGGGAUGAAAGAGUCUCAUUUUGUUCAGAUGUACAGAAGACACACAAAUGCUUUUCAUAUUAAUGUUUUUUCUGCACGGGAAAGGCUGGAAUACUUGAUGAAUGUUGGCGUCAAACACAACGACAUCAAAAAGAUACUAUUACGGCAACCUCAACUUCUUGGGUAUACUGUGGAUAGCAAUAUGAAGUCUCAUGUGGCGUUUCUGGGGGAUUUAGAUAUUCCUGAAUCUAAGAUAGGGCAAGUAAUCACCGUUGCUCCAUCUAUCUUUUCAUAUAGUGUUGAAAAUUCCUUGAAGCCCACUGUAAGAUACUUGAUUGAGGAGGUUGGGAUCAAGAAAAGUGAUUUAGGCAAAGUUGUGACUUUGAGCCCUCAAAUUCUUGUUCAGCGGGUUGACAUCUCUUGGAAUGACCGCUAUGAUUUCCUUUCAGAAGAGCUGGGAGCACCAAAAGAAAGUAUUGUGAAAAUGGUUACUAAACAUCCCCAGCUUCUUCAUUACAGCAUUGAAGAUGGAUUAUUACCCCGGAUCAAUUUUCUGAGGAGCAUUGGGAUGCAAGAUCCAGAAAUCUUGAAAGUCUUGACUAGCAUCACACAGGUACUUUCUCUGUCACUGGAGCGAAAUCUUAAGCCGAAGUACAAGUAUCUAGUUAAUGAACUUCAAAAUGAAGUUAGAUCAUUGACGAAAUAUCCCACGUACCUUAGCUUGUCACUAGAACAGAGAAUUCGUCCUCGGCAUAGAUUUCUGGUUCACCUGAACAAAGCGCCAGAGGGUCCCUUUCCUCUGAGUUCUCUGGUUCCGACUGAUGAAUCCUUUUGUCAGCAUUGGGCAGGUACAAGUGUAGAUAAGUAUAUAGCAUUCAGGCAGGGCAUGAUGCUCAAAGAGUUCGCAAAGAAAUAUGAAAAGCAAGGUUGAAUUGGGUAGUUAACGGAAAUGGGACUAACCAUGUUGUUGAGCCUUCUCAUCAUGACUGAUUUCGAAGUCUUGUAUAGUCAAAUUUUUGGUACAUACUAUUUUCUGCCUUAUAACCUCAUGGAAUUACACUGAUUCCCAACUUGUUUGUAUGUGUAUUUGCAAUAGACUGAAGGGGAGUUAUAAAAUUUUGUUGCUCCUGUGAUCUCCAAGCAAACUGUGGUGUUGCUAGGACCAUUUUUUGAGGUCAAUACUUUCAAGGUCUUAAUGGUCUUGAGUUCAGCUGUAAUCACAACAGCGCACAAAAUCAAUACGUAGUUAUCAUACAAAUGUCUUUUUGGGGCUCAUGAGUUAUGAAACCUUAACAGCAGCAGCGGAUGGUAAAUUUUGCUGAAAAUUGUCAUUACCUGUCAAUGGUAAUCUAGUUUCAGAAAGCUUAUGCGCAUGUUGUUUGUCAUUACACAUCAUAUACUUGUAACUGAAGUUCACAGCAUUUUGUUGAACACGAUAAGCAAUGGUUGUUAAAUUGAUAUGGAGAAACAAUAUGAUGUAUACUAGUACUGUAUGUUAUAGUGCUAUACCAACAAAUCGAUACUAAGCCUACCCUUUUAUAACAUACUCCCUUUGUAUCAAAGUUGAUUUUACACACUUUAUUUCAAAAUCUCAAUUCAACAUUACUCAUUGUUUCUU